AGUUGGCAGGGGCAGACAGGGGCAGGUAGGGGCAGCUGUGAAGCUAGCAGAGGGUGCAGCUCUGACAAUGGAAACUUUCUGAGUGCUUCCCUCCUGCCAAGCCCCAGAAAAAGGAAGCUCGAUCCUCCGAGUUCAGCCCCAGACAGGCUUCACAACUUCCUUCCUGCCGCAUUCUUUUUUGUAGCUGCGAACAAACAUUGUAGCAAAGAAAGAACCGUGCGAUGCCUCUGCGAGAAGCGGCGUGUGUGUGACGGGGGGAUCGCCGCUAGAUCCCGGGGAAAUCCCGGGGAGAUCCGUCUGCCUGCAGGAUCUGGGAUGUAGGAGGAGACGCCUGGAGCUUUCUCUCUAUUUCUCUCCGCACUGAAGCCCGGCACAGGCAGGCAGAAUACCCGGGGAGAGCGCCCAGCUGCUUUGUUUAUGGAGGUUUGGGCUGUGGCCCAGCGAAGCUUUCCUCGGCUCGGCUUCCCGGGCCAUGCUGCUGUCGUGGAAGAGAAGAAGCCCUUGGGAUUCCGGUUUAUGAGCCACGAGUGCAAAGAGCAAGCUGCGUUUGCUGCUCCCCUACCCAAAGUACUAUGGCUGUAUAUUGCUAUGCCUUGAAUAGUUUGGUGAUGAUGAAUAAUAGUAAUGGGAAGCCGGGCAGCGUGACAAAGACCAGCCCAAGUUGCCAGAGACCUGUGUUGCCGGUGCCAGAGAGAAGAAGCACCUAUUGCCCUUUGCUGGUGAGUCCUCCACUGCCGCUUUAUAGCCCCGGACCUUCUAGUCCUCUGAGUUCUCCUAAAAACAAAAACUCUUCCUCUGCUUUCAUUUUCCCCGGAGAGACGCAAGAACGACGCGUUUCAAGGAGCCGAAGCCCUAGCUGGAGUAGUAGAGAUGGACAGACGCCAAGAGCUGGACGAUGCCCUUCUCCACUGCGAUUGCAGGGCCACAAUGCGGGAGAGGCAGGCAAUGGAAUCGGUUCGCGUUCGGGAAUGUUAUCGGCAUUUGGGCAGGGAAAUGGUUCGGGAUCGGGGACAGGGUCGUGGCAGGUGGAGUCAGAAGAGAAGAGGCGCAUAGCUCGAAUUCAGCGUGAGCUGCAGAAUGUCCAGGUCAACCAGGUUGUGGGACUCUUUGAAGCUCAUAUACAAGCCCAGAACAGCCCACUUUCCCCCGGGCUCAAAAGUCCUCGUUUAGGAAGCCGGUCCCCAUCGCCUCUACGACGAACAUGGGGAGACCAAAAUAUUUUUUCCUUCGCCCAGGAGCCAGGGCGCAAGGUAUCAACUUCCAGCCAGGAUGGACUAUCGGCAGCGCCUGCAUCUCCAUCACCAGUCACCAGCGCUGAGAAGGACCUAUCGGGGAUUAACUCAGAGAGCACUGAGCAACUAAGCAACCCUUCCCCGCAGCCGGAGGACUCAUCCAAGCCUGCUUCACCAGUUACAGGGACACCAGGGCCCAUUCCUGCCGUCAUUGUAACUGACCAUGGCGGGGAAGGGCAGGUGGAGACCAACACUUCAACCAUCAACCCAACUUCUCUUCCCAGGAAGUUGUCAUCGUCCUCAGCUUCUUCGACGGGCUUCUCCUCUUCUUGGGAUGAGUCUGAGGACGAUGUGUCUAGUGAUCCAGAGAGAUCCCCUGAACAAAGCUCCCCGUUCCUUCAGACCGUUGAGCAGAAGCCUCGAGUGAGCAAAUCAUGGAGAAAGAUCAAGAAUAUGGUGCACUGGUCCCCCUUCGUUAUGUCUUUCAAGAAGAAGUACCCCUGGAUCCAGCUGGCAGGGCACGCAGGAAGCUUUAAGCCCGCGGCUAACGGGAAGAUCCUGAAGAAGCACUGUGAGUGUGAGCAGCGGUGCCUGAGUUUGCUGAUGAGCGACAUCCUGCGGCCGUAUGUUCCAGCCUAUCACGGGGACGUCCUAAAAGACGGGGAGAAGUACAACCAGAUGGACGAUCUGCUGUCCGAGUUCGACAGCCCUUGCGUCAUGGAUUGUAAAAUGGGAGUCAGAACAUACUUAGAAGAAGAGCUGACCAAGGCCAGGAAGAAGCCCAGCCUCAGGAAGGAUAUGUAUCUGAAGAUGAUCGACGUCGAUCCUAAUGCCCCAACGGAGGAGGAGAACCAGCAGCGGGCGGUCACCAAGCCGCGCUACAUGACAUGGAGGGAGACCAUCAGCUCCACCGCCACGCUGGGCUUCAGGAUAGAGGGCAUUAAGAAGGAGGACGGCACCGUGAACAGAGACUUUAAAAAGACCAAGACUCGGGAACAAGUAAAGGAGGCUUUCAGAGGCUUCGCCAAGGGAAACCAAAUCAUUCUGAAAUCUUACCUCAGCCGUCUAGAGGAGAUACGCGGCAUGCUGGAGAAAUCCCCUUUCUUCGUUAGCCACGAGGUGAUCGGGAGCUCCCUGCUUUUUAUCCACGAUAAGAAGGAUCAGGCCAAGGUGUGGAUGAUCGACUUCGGGAAAACCACCCCGCUGCCCGAGGGCGACGUCCUCAACCACAGGGUGUCCUGGGUGGAAGGGAACCGAGAAGACGGAUACCUCUUUGGACUCGAUAACUUAAUAGACAUCCUUUCCGAGAUGGCAGAGGAAGAGGAAGUUCCUUAGAAGCCCGGUUUGAUCUCCCGCGUUCCGGAGACCGGCGCUCGAGAGAAUGCACUACAAAGCCCUGGCCCUCAUUCCGCGGGA